AUGACCUUCCGAAUAGCUACCUGUGUGCCACGCUUGCAGAGUCCCCUAUUAGGAAAAGCAUGGAGAAGGAGAACCUGCGGCCAUUCUCGAUUCCCAGUGGCAACCAUCUUCCAACAGACAAAAUGCAUUCAUUCUACCUGUCAUAUGGCAGAGGGUCAGAGAUAUCGACGGCUGCGACUAGGACUUGAGGACGAUCUUGAAAACGCGUUUCAAACCUUAUUGUUGUUCAUCAAAAACCCAGCACUCGCUGGUCAGCUUCGCCACCUCGAAGUGCAUGGGAGUCGGUAUACAGCGUAUGGCCGAGAUCUCGAUUUCAAUAUCCCACCCGAGGAGCCGCAGCAGCUAUGGCUCGAUGAUCUUGACAGAUUGAAAAUGGCUAUCAACAAGGCUGGGUUCACAGAGGGCAAUGAGCCACAAAGGUUGUUGCAUAUACUGCUACAAAACCCUACCGGACGAGAUUUACGUACGUCAUGCCACUUAGGCCAUAUGGCGUUUAAGCAAGCCGUUGCAGCACUGUUGAUUGCUAUUUCACCCCACCUGGAGUCCCUGGCUGUCUUUCAUGUUGGGGAACCUAGCUCCAAUAUCGAAGAUUUUGCUCUACUCUCACUGCUCCGUCGUGCAAAUACGGCCCGAGGCGCAAUUACUUAUCUUCAGAACCUCAAAAAUAUCAUUUUCCUUCCCGACGACUACUCAGCGGGCAAUGAUGGCUUUUAUUACAACAUAUCUGAAGAUUACCAUGCACGACUCAAUCUUGUCCGGCGACUUCCCGCCCUGGAAUCUGUGUCAUUCAUGUUAGCCUCAUGGAACAAUGAGGCCGGGAGACCUCCCCCACCGAAAUCCGCGAAUUAUAAUGAUAUCAGCUUCGCACUGCGCAAAUUCACCUACACUGUUGGUGGGCGUGCGCAGCCAGAGGGCGGUAAGUUCAGUAUUGACCUUUCAUCAAUUGUGAAAUCACUCUGGAGACAUCGUCAUACUUUGGAAGAGCUUGAUCUUGAUGUUGAAGAUAAUGUUUCCUGGGGUGAAAUCUACGGAGAGGAUGGCUUAAAGUCUUCUGAGCAAAUAUACGCGGACGAGGAUCCGGUAUAUGAACAAUUAUGGGAGGGCGAGAUGGACGAACUCGAUGGCCUCGAAAUGCCACCUUCCGAUAUUUCUCUGGCCGACUUCCCUAAACUGAAGUGUCUGGGUCUAGGUGUUCAUACACUUUGUUUCCUGGCAAGGGGCAUAGGUCCAAAUCGACUUGGUGCGGAAUCAAUUUCCCUUGCGGACAGGUUGCCGCGCUCGUUACAAAGUAUACGGCUUUAUGGGAAAGGAGAAGCAGGAGACUCGACGCUUGACUGUGGAACACAUCAGCCCGACCUGGAUGUUGAUGUUCUCUUGGAGAAGCUGGUCGCCGAGAAAGGCGAGAGGUUGCCGGGAUUGGUCACUAUUGAAGGAUUUGACCCUGUCAUCCUACGCGCAAAAGAGGUCCCUGAGCAUGCUUAUUUGGAUGGGGAUCAUCCAUUUCUUUGGAAACAACCUGAG